AUGCGCUUGUUUUUCGUCGCGGUUUUUGCCGCUCUUGUGGCCCUCGCAGCGGCCCAAUCCGAAUCUAAAACGGUUACGGCGGUAGCCACCCCGGAUAUAAAGGCUCAGCCAUGUUGUGAAGGUGUUCGACAAACUUUAAUUGAAAUACGAAAGGAUAUACGUCUGUGGCUGCUGGACAGGCUUUUCGGAAAGUUGCUUCUCUUGCAUGACGGAGAACUGCUUGGAAAUCCGAAUUACGUGAAUUGUGUUAACGGGAAAAAAAUACUUGAAUUAUCCGAUGAGAGCUCUGCUAAGGAAACAUCCUCGAACUGUAAAGGAAUUUGUGGCCAGUCAUCGUCCACCUCCACAACAACAUCGUCGGAUGAGGGUCAAGCCCGUACCUCAUUUGACCCUACUGUUGAAGUCACUCAGGGAACGAAUAGUGCUGGAAACUCCAGUCAGUCUUCAUCCACAACCACCACGACAACAUCUUCGGAUGAUGGUCAAGCCAGCACCUUACCGGAAGUCACUCAGGGAACGAAUAGUGCUGGAAACUCCAGUCAGUCCUCGUCCACAACCACCUCGAUAACCUCUUCGGAUGAUGGUCAAACAACCGUGUCGUCUUCUCCAGCAGUAGAAGUCACUGAGGGAAGUUCGUCGAAUGAUGAUGCAAGCUCUGGUCAGUCGUUGACAACCUCCACAACCACAACGACAACAUCUUCGGAUGACGGUCAAUCCAGCACCUCAUCUGACCCUACUGUGGAAGUCACUCAGGGAACGAAUAGUGCCGGAAACUCCAGUCAGUCAUCGUCCACAACCACCUCGACAACCUCUUCGGAUGAUGGUCAAACCACUGUGUCGUCUUCUCCAGCAGUAGAAGUCACUGAGGGAAGUUCGUCGAAUGACGAUGGAAGCUCAGGCCAGUCGUUGACCACCUCCACAACCACCUCGACAACAUCAUCGGAUGAGGGUCAAGCCAGCACCUCAUCUGACCCUACAGUGGAAGUCCCUCAGGGAACGAACAGCGCUGGAAACUCCAGUCAGUCUUCGUCCACAACCACUUCGACAGCCUCUUCGGAUGAUGGUCAAACCACCGUGUCGUCUUCUCCAGCAGUAGAAGUCACUGAGGGAAGUUCGUCGAAUGAUGAUGGAAGCUCUGGUCAGUCGUCGACAACCUCCACAACCACAACCACAACGACAACAUCUUCGGAUGGCGGUCAAGCCAGCACCUCAUCUGACCCUACUGUGGAAGUCACUCAGGGAACGAAUAGUGCCGGAAACUCCAGUCAGUCAUCGUCCACAACCACCUCGACAACCUCUUCGGAUGAUGUUCAAACCACCGUGUCGUCUUCUCCAGCAGUAGAAGUCACUGAGGGAAGUUCGUCGAAUGAUGAUGGAAGCUCUGGUCAGUCGUCGACAACCUCCACAACAACCUCGACAACAUCAUCGGAUGAGGGUCAAGCCAGCACCUCAUCUGACCCUACUGUGGAAGUCACUCAGGGAUCGAACAGUGCUGGAAACUCCAGUCAGUCUUCGUCCACAACCACUUCGACAGCCUCUUCGGAUGAUGGUCAAACCACCGUGUCGUCUUCUCCAGCAGUAGAAGUCACUGAGGGAAGUUCGUCGAAUGAUGAUGGAAGCUCUGGUCAGUCGUCGACAACCUCCACAACCACAACCACAACGACAACAUCUUCGGAUGAGGGUCAAGCCAGCACCUCAUCUGACCCUACUGUGGAAGUCACUCAGGGAUCGAACAGUGCUGGAAACUCCAGUCAGUCUUCGUCCACAACCACUUCGACAGCCUCUUCGGAUGAUGGUCAAACCACCGUGUCGUCUUCUCCAGCAGUAGAAGUCACUGAGGGAAGUUCGUCGAAUGAUAAUGGAAGCUCUGGUCAGUCGUCGACAACCUCCACAACCACAACCACAACCACAACAUCUUCGGAUGGCGGUCAAGCCAGCACCUCAUCUGACCCUACUGUGGAAGUCACUCAGGGAUCGAACAGUGCUGGAAACUCCAGUCAGUCGUCGUCCACACGCACCUCGACAACCUCUUCGGAUGAUGGUCAAACCACUGUGUCGUCUUCUCCAGCAGUAGAAGUCACUGAGGGAACUUCGUCGAAUGUUAAUGGAAGCUCUGUUCAGUCGUCGACAACCUCCACAACCACAACCACAACGACAACUUCUUCGGAUGAGGGUCAAGCCAGCACCUCAUCUGACCCUACUGUGGAAGUAACUCAGGGAACGAACAGUGCUGGAAACUCCAGUCAGUCAUCGUCCACAACCACCUCGACAACCUCUUCGGAUGAUGGUCAAACCACUGUGUCGUCUUCUCCAGCAGUAGAAGUCACUGAGGGAAGUUCGUCGAAUGAUGAUGGAAGCUCUGGCCAGUCGUUGACCACCUCCACAACAACCUCGACAACAUCAUCGGAUGAGGGUCAAGCCAGCACCUCAUCUGACCCUACUGUGGAAGUCACUCAGGGAUCGAACAGUGCUGGAAACUCCAGUCAGUCUUCAUCCACAACCACCACGACAACCUCUUCGGAUGAUGGUCAAACCACCGUGUCGUCUUCUCCAGCAGUCGAAGUCACUGCGGGAAGUUCGUCGAAUGAUGACGGAAGCUCUGCUCAGUCGUCGACAACCUCCACAACCACAACCACAACGACAACAUCUUCGGAUGAGGGUCAAGCCAGCACCUCAUCCGACCCUACUGUGGAAGUCACUCAGGGAUCGAACAGUGCUGGAAACUCCAGUCAGUCCUCAUCCACAACCACCACGACAACCUCUUCGGAUGAUAGUCAAACCACCGUGUCGUCUUCUCCAGCAGUAGAAGUUACUAAGGGAAGUUCAUCGAGUGAUGAUGGAAGCUCUGGUCAAUCGUCGACAACCUCCACAACCACAACCACAACGACAAUAUCUUCGGAUGAGGGUCAAGCCAGCACCUCAUCUGACCCUACUGUGGAAGUCACUCAGGGAACAAACAGUGCUGGAAACUCCAGUCAUCAGUCCUCGUCCACAACCACCUCGACAACCUCUUCGGAUGAUGGUCAAACCACCGUGUCGUCUUCUCCAGCAGUAGAAGUCACUGACGGAAGCUCGUCGAAUGAUGAUGGAAGCUCUGGUCAGUCGUCGACCACCUCCACAACCACAACGACAACAUCUUCGGAUGAGGGUCAAGCCAGCACCUCAUCUGACCCUACUGUGGAAGUCACUCAGGGAACAAACAGUGUUGGAAACUCCAGUCAAUCGUCGUCAAGCACCUCGACAACCUCUUCGGAUGAUGGUCAAACCACCGUGUCGUCUUCUCCAGCAGUAGAAGUCACUGAGGGAACUUCGUCGAAUGAUGAUGGAAGCUCUGGUCAGUCGUCGACAACCUUCACCUCCACAACCACAACGACAACAUCUUCGGAUGGCGGUCAAGCCAGCACCUCAUCUGACCCCACUGUGGAAGUCACUCAGGGAUCGAACAGUGCUGGAAAUUCCAGUCAGUCGUCGUCCACAAGCACCUCGACAACCUCUUCGGAUGAUGGUCAAACCACCGUGUCGUCUUCUCCAGCAGUAGAAGUCACUGAGGGAAGUUCGUCGAAUGAUAAUGGAAGCUCUGGUCAGUCGUCGACAACCUCCACAACCACAACCACAACCACAACAUCUUCGGAUGGCGGUCAAGCCAGCACCUCAUCUGACCCUACUGUGGAAGUCACUCAGGGAUCGAACAGUGCUGGAAACUCCAGUCAGUCGUCGUCUACAAGCACCUCGACAACCUCUUCGGAUGAUGGUCAAACCACUGUGUCGUCUUCUCCAGCAGUAGAAGUCACUGAGGGAACUUCGUCGAAUGUUAAUGGAAGCUCUGUUCAGUCGUCGACCACCUCCACAACCACAACGACAAUAUCUUCGGAUGAGGGUCAAGCCAGCACCUCAUCUGACCCUACUGUGGAAGUCACUCAGGGAUCGAACAGUGCUGGAAACUCCAGUCAGUCAUCGUCCACAACCACCUCGACAACCUCUUCGGAUGAUGGUCAAACCACUGUGUCGUCUUCUCCAGCAGUAGAAGUCACUGAGGGAACUUCGUCGAAUGAUAACGGAAGCUCUGGUCAGUCGUCGACAACCUCCACAACUACAACCACAACGACAACAUCUUCGGAUGGCGGUCAAGCCAGCACGUCAUCGGACCCUACUGUGGAAAUCACUCAGGGAACGAAUAGCGCUGGAAACUCCAGUCAGUCUUCAUCCACAACCACCACGACAAUCUCUUCGGAUGAUGGUCAAACUACCGGGUCGUCUUCUCCAGCAGUAGAAGUCACUGAGGGAAGUUCGUCGAAUGAUGAUGGAAGCUCUGGUCAGUCGUCGACCACCUCCACAACCACAACGACAACAUCUUCGGAUGAGGGUCAAGCCAGCACCUCAUCUGACCUUACUGUGGAAGUCACUCAGGGAUCGAACAGUGCUGGAAACUCCAGUCAGUCCUCAUCCACAACCACCACGACAACCUCUUCGGAUGAUGGUCAAACCACCGUGUCGUCUUCUCCAGCAGUAGAAGUCACUGAGGGAAGUUCGUCGAAUGAUGAUGGAAGCUCUGGUCAGUCGUCGACAACCUCCACAACCACAACGACAACAUCUUCGGGUGAGGGUCAAGCCAGCACCUCAUCUGGCCCUACUGUGGAAGUCAUUCAGGGAUCGAACAGUGCUGGAAACUCCAGUCAGUCUUCGUCCACAACCACCUCGACAACCUCUUCGGAUGAUGGUCAAACCACCGUGUCGUCUUCUCCAGCAGUAGAAGUCACUGAGGGAAGUUCGUCGAAUGAUGGUGGAAGCUCUGGUCAGUCGUCGACCACCUCCACAACCACAACCACAACGACAACAUCUUCGGGUGAGGGUCAAGCCAGCACCUCAUCUGACCCUACUGUGGAAGUCAUUCAGGGAUCGAACAGUGCUGGAAACUCCAGUCAGUCUUCGUCCACAACCACCUCGACAACCUCUUCGGAUGAUGGUCAAACCACCGUGUCGUCUUCUCCAGCAGUAGAAGUCACUGAGGGAAGUUCGUCGAAUGAUGAUGGAAGCUCUGGUCUGUCGUCGACCACCUCUACAACCACAACGACAACAUCUUCGGAUGAGGGUCAAGCCAGCACCUCAUCUGACCCUACUGUGGAAGUCACUCAGGGAACAAACAGUGCUGGAAACUCCAGUCAGUCGUCGUCAAGCACCUCGACAACCUCUUCGGAUGAUGGUCAAACCACCGUGUCGUCUUCUCCAGCAGUAGAAGUCACUGAGGGAACUUCGUCGAAUGAUGAUGGAAGCUCUGGUCAGUCGUCGACAACCUCCACCUCCACAACCACAACAACAUCUUCGGAUGAGGGUCAAGCCAGCACCUCAUCUGACCCUACUGUGGAAGUCACUCAGGGAUCGAACAGUGCUGGAAACUCCAGUCAGUCUUCAUCCACAACCACCUCGACAACCUCUUCGGAUGAUGGUCAAACCACUGUGUCGUCUUCUCCAGCAGUAGAAGUCACUGAGGGAACUUCGUCGAAUGAUGAUGGAAGCUCUGGUCAGUCGUCGACAACCUCCACAACUACAACCACAACGACAACAUCUUCGGAUGGCGGUCAAGCCAGCACGUCAUCGGACCCUACUGUGGAAAUCACUCAGGGAACGAAUAGCGCUGGAAACUCCAGUCAGUCUUCAUCCACAACCACUAUGACAACCUCUUCGGGUGAUGCUCUAACCACCGUGUCGUCUUCUCCAGCAGUAGAAGUCACUGAGGGAAGUUCAUCGAGUUCUGAUGGAAGCUCUGGUCAGUCGUCGACAACCUCCACAACGACAACGACAAUAUCUUCGGAUGAGGGUCAAGCCAGCACCUCAUCUGAACCUACUGUGGAAGUCACUCAGGGAUCGAACAGUGCUGGAAACUCCAGUCAGUCCUCAUCCACAACCACCACGACAACCUCUUCGGAUGAUGGUCAAACCACUGUGUCGUCUUCUCCAGCAGUAGAAGUCACUGAGGGAAGUUCGUCGAAUGAUGAUGGAAGCUCUGGUCAGUCGUCGACCACCUCCACAACCACAACCACAACGACAACAUCUUCGGAUGAGGGUCAAGCCAGCACCUCAUCUGACCCUACUGUGGAAGUCACUCAGGGAUCGAACAGUGCUGGAAACUCCAGUCAGUCCUCAUCCACAACCACCACGACAACCUCUUCGGAUGAUGGUCAAACCACCGUGUCGUCUUCUCCAGCAGUAGAAGUCACUGAGGGAAGUUCGUCGAAUGAUGAUGGAAGCUCUGGUCAGUCGUCGACAACCUCCACAACCACAACGACAACAUCUUCGGGUGAGGGUCAAGCCAGCACCUCAUCUGGCCCUACUGUGGAAGUCAUUCAGGGAUCGAACAGUGCUGGAAACUCCAGUCAGUCUUCGUCCACAACCACCUCGACAACCUCUUCGGAUGAUGGUCAAACCACCGUGUCGUCUUCUCCAGCAGUAGAAGUCACUGAGGGAAGUUCGUCGAAUGAUGAUGGAAGCUCUGGUCAGUCGUCGACCACCUCCACAACCACAACGACAACAUCUUCGGGUGAGGGUCAAGCCAGCACCUCAUCUGACCCUACUGUGGAAGUCAUUCAGGGAUCGAACAGUGCUGGAAACUCCAGUCAGUCUUCGUCCACAACCACCUCGACAACCUCUUCGGAUGAUGGUCAAACCACCGUGUCGUCUUCUCCAGCAGUAGAAGUCACUGAGGGAAGUUCGUCGAAUGAUGAUGGAAGCUCUGGUCAGUCGUCGACCACCUCUACAACCACAACGACAACAUCUUCGGAUGAGGGUCAAGCCAGCACCUCAUCUGACCCUACUGUGGAAGUCACUCAGGGAACAAACAGUGCUGGAAACUCCAGUCAGUCGUCGUCAAGCACCUCGACAACCUCUUCGGAUGAUGGUCAAACCACCGUGUCGUCUUCUCCAGCAGUAGAAGUCACUGAGGGAACGUCGUCGAAUGAUGAUGGAAGCUCUGGUCAGUCGUCGACAACCUCCACCUCCACAACCACAACAACAACAUCUUCGGAUGAGGGUCAAGCCAGCACCUCAUCUGACCCUACUGUGGAAGUCACUCAGGGAUCGAACAGUGCUGGAAACUCCAGUCAGUCGUCGUCCACAAGCACCUCGACAACCUCUUCGGAUGAUGGUCAAACCACUGUGUCGUCUUCUCCAGCAGUAGAAGUCACUGAGGGAACUUCGUCGAAUGUUAAUGGAAGCUCUGUUCAGUCGUCGACCACCUCCACAACCACAACGACAACAUCUUCGGAUGAGGGUCAAGCCAGCACCUCACCUGACCCUACUGUGGAAGUCACUCAGGGAACGAACAGUGCUGGAAACUCCAGUCAGUCAUCGUCCACAACUACCUCGACAACCUCUUCGGAUGAUGGUCAAACCACUGUGUCGUCUUCUCCAGCAGUAGAAGUCACUGAGGGAACUUCGUCGAAUGAUAAUGGAAGCUCUGGUCAGUCGUCGACAACCUCCACAACCACAACCACAACGACAACAUCUUCGGAUGGCGGUAAAGCCAGCACGUCAUCGGACCCUACUGUGGAAAUCACUCAGGGAACGAAUAGCGCUGGAAACUCCAGUCAGUCUUCGUCCACAACCACCACGACAACCUCUUCGGAUGAUGGUCUAACCACCGUGUCGUCUUCUCCAGCAGUAGAAGUCACCGAGGGAAGUUCAUCGAGUGAUGAUGGAAGCUCUGGUCAGUCGUCGACAACCUCCACAACGACAACGACAAUAUCUUCGGAUGAGGGUCAAGCCAGCACCUCAUCUGACCCUACUGUGGAAGUCACUCAGGGAUCGAACAGUGCUGGAAACUCCAGUCAGUCCUCAUCCACAACCACCACGACAACCUCUUCGGAUGAUGGUCAAACCACCGUGUCGUCUUCUCCAGCAGUAGAAGUCACUGAGGGAAGUUCGUCGAAUGAUGAUGGAAGCUCUGGUCAGUCGUCGACCACCUCCACAACCACAACCACAACGACAACAUCUUCGGAUGAGGGUCAAGCCAGCACCUCAUCUGACCCUACUGUGGAAAUCACUCAGGGAUCGAACAGUGCUGGAAACUCCAGUCAGUCCUCAUCCACAACCACCACGACAACCUCUUCGGAUGAUGGUCAAACCACCGUGUCGUCCUCUCCAGCAGUAGAAGUCACUAAGGGAAGUUCGUCGACUGAUGUUGGAAGCUCUGGUCAGUCGUCGACAACAUCCACAACCACAACCACAACGACAACAUCUUCGGAUAAGGGUCAAGCCAGCACCUCAUCUGACCCUACUGUGGAAGUCACUCAGGGAGCGAAUAGUGCUGGAAACGCCAGUCAGUCUUCGUCCACAACCACCUCGACAACCUCUUCGGAUGAUGGUCAAACCACCGUGUCGUCUUCUCCAGCAGUAGAAGUCACUGAGGGAAGUUCAUCGAGUGAUGAUGAAAGCUCUGGUCAGUCGUCGACAACCUCCACAACGACAACGACAACAUCUUCGGAUGAGGGUCAAGCCAGCACCUCAUCUGACCCUACUGUGGAAGUCACUCAGGGAACAAACAGUGCUGGAAACUCCAGUCAGUCGUCGUCCACAAGCACCUCGACAACCUCUUCGGAUGAUGGUCAAACCACCGUGUCGUCUUCUCCAGCAGUAGAAGUCACUGAGGAAACUUCGUCGAAUGUUAAUGGAAGCUCUGGUCAGUCGUCGACAACCUCCACAACCACAACCACAACGACAACGUCUUCAGAUGAGGGUCAAGCCAUCACCUCAUCUGACCCUACUGUGGAAGUCACUCAGGGAACAAACAGUGCUGGAAACUCCAGUCAGUCGUCGUCCACAAGCACCUCGACAACCUCUUCGGAUGAUGGUCAAACCACCGUGUCGUCUUCUCCAGCAGUAGAAGUCACUGAGGGAAGUUCAUCGAGUGAUGAUGGAAGCUCUGGUCAGUCGUCGACAACCUCCACAACGACAACGACAACAUCUUCGGGUGAGGGUCAAGCCAGCACCUCAUCUGACCCUACUGUGGAAGUCACUCAGGGAACAAACAGUGCUGGAAACUCCAGUCAGUCGUCGUCCACAAGCACCUCGACAACCUCUUCGGAUGAUGGUCAAACCACCGUGUCGUCUUCUCCAGCAGUAGAAGUCACUGAGGAAACUUCGUCGAAUGUUAAUGGAAGCUCUGGUCAGUCGUCGACAACCUCCACAACCACAACCACAACGACAACGUCUUCAGAUGAGGGUCAAGCCAUCACCUCAUCUGACCCUACUGUGGAAGUCACUCAGGGAACAAACAGUGCUGGAAACUCCAGUAAGUCGUCGUCCACAAGCACCUCGACAACCUCUUCGGAUGAUGGUCAAACCACCGUGUCGUCUUCUCCAGCAGUAGAAGUCACUGAGGGAACAUCGUCGAAUGUUAAUGGAAGCUCUGGUCAGUCGUCGACAACCUCCACAACAACAACCACAACGACAACGUCUUCGGAUGUGGGUCAAGCCAGCACCUCAUCUGACCCUACUGUGGAAGUCACUCAGGGAACAAGCAGUGCUGGAAACUCCAGUCAGUCGUCGUCCACAAGCACCUCGACAACCUCUUCGGAUGAUGGUCAAACCACCGUGUCGUCUUCUCCAGCAGUAGAAGUCACUAAGGGAAUUUCGGCUAAUGAUAAUGGAAACUCUGGUCAGUCAUCGACUACCUCCACAACCACAACGAUAAAAUCUUCGAAUGAGAGUCAAGCCAUCACCCCAUCUCCCUCGACUGUGAAAGAUUCUGAUGUUAUCGUUAAAGGUGGAAAAUCAGGCUCAAAAUGGACUAAAACCACAAAAACUUCAAAGGUUCACAAGUUUAAUGGGAAUUCUAACUCCAGCUCAAGCGAAACUACUACAACAAUAACGACUAGCACUUCCUCUAUACCUCAAAUUAAACGUCCCAGGUCGAGCUCAUCCAAGAAAACUUCCAGUGAUGGUAAGGUUCGGACCAAGCGGUCGAGCAAAAAGUCCCACAAGAGCAAAAAAUCCCACAAGAGCAAAAAAUGCCACAAGAGUAAAAAUAACAGUUCAUCCGUUAGUGAAGCAGAAUCGUCUGAUUCAUUAAUUGAUCAAAAUAGUUUCAAUGAUGGCGCAAACUCGAGUCAGUCAUUAACAACAUCAACUACAAAUCCGAAGUUUAAUGGGAAUUCUAACUCCAGCUCAAGCGAAACGAAUACAACAAUAACGACUAGCUCUUCCUUGACACCUCAAACUAAACGUUCCAAGUCGAGCUCAACGAAGAAAACUUCCAGUGGUGGUAAGACUCGGACCAAGCGGUCGAGCAAAAAGUCCCACAAGAGCAAAAAAUCCCACACGAUCGAAAAAUUCCACAAGAGUAAAAAUAACAGUUCAUCCGUUAGUGGAGCAGAAUCGUCUGAUGCAUUAUUUGAUGGAAAUAGUUCCAAUGAUGGUGCAAGCUCAAGUCAGUCUUCAACAACAACGACAAUUACCUCAACCGAUGGAAGCGAUCAGUCCAGCUCUUCAUCUUUGCCUGAAGUAGACGCCAGUGUAACUUCAACAAGCGGCAAAUCCAGGACAACUAAAACUAAAAAAACAAAAUCCCAUUCGUCAAAGGCCUCUAAGGUUCCCAAAUCUAAUGGAAAAUCGAGCUCCACAUCUAGCAAAACCACAAAAACCGUAACAACAAGCUCUUCCUCUACACCUAAGAGCAAGCAUUCCUACUCGAGUUCAUCAAAAAAAUCUUCUAUUGAUGGAAAAUCGAACAAGACUUCCUCGACCACGACAACAACGACCUUUUCAGAUAAGGGUCAAACAGAAUCCUCUUUGGACCCCCACAUCAAAAUCACUCAGGGUAGUCCUUUGAAUGAUAAUGAAAGCUCGAAUCAGGUCGUGACAACGACCACCUCCUCUGAGAGCCUAGUUGGUACUCCUUCUUCUCCCGUCGUCAAAGUUAUCAAGGAAAGUUCCAUAAGCAAAGGAGGAAAAACCAUACGAUCGUCAACCACAACAACAACUACAACCACAAAGGGAAGUAAGCAGUCGGGCACCACACCUCUUAAAGUGGUUGAUGCUAGCGUAGUGGCUCAUGGUGGAAAGUCAAGCUCAAAAUCUUCAACCACAACAACGUCCACUAUCGGAGGUAAAUCGUCAGGUAUCUUGUCGCUACCAACCGUUGGCGCCACCACAUCACUUACCGGCGGAAAGUCAGGUUCAACAGUGACUAAAACCACUAAGACCUACACCUAUAAGAGCUCCGCAGUUCCCAAGUCUUCUUCGAAAAAAACGACAACUACAAUCAUUACGACGAAAACUUCAUCGGUCCCUAAAACUGAGACUAAAUACUCCUGGUCUAGUUCUUCGCAGAAAGCCUCAAAUCCAAUCCGCCUAACCCCGCCGGCCGUUAAUGCAGGCAUCUCUGUUGGUGGAGGAGAUUCAUCGAACUCAUGGUCGAAGAUAAUUAAAAGAAGUACCACAGGAGGUGAGAUCUACGCCAGAGAUGGUUCAUCCCUUUCUGGUUCUAUUGUAGGUGCGGGCGGCACUCGUGGCGCACAGUCCUGGUCCCAGCGAUCUGGAUUCUCGGGAGGCAGUUCUACUGCGCAGCGAUCUCCAGACAUCCGUUUCCGGUUAGCCCGAGGUCAGACCAGUAACGAAGCUCAGUUGCAAAACUCGAAUCCCUGGACCAGAAGCACCGGCCCAGACAGCGGAAGCUUGGAUAACGGAGCCCUAUCCGUAGAUGGCCAGAACAUGCAGGGCUUGGAGAGCUCCAGUGACCCUUCUAUGAUCCAAGGAGGCUACGUGGGCGCAACUGGACAGUAUCCCUACUGGUGGGGAGUUGGAGCCAGACCAAGCUGGACGCCUUAUGGAUGGCGUCCAUACGGAAGCGGAUGGGGUGGUUGGAACAAUCAAUAUUAAAGUUGAACCGUGGGAAUGGAUAAGGCCGGAAGAAAACGGCUGAUGACUU